AUCGAUAAACAAAACUAAUCCAAUUCUUUCUCAUCAGAAAAAAAAAUAAAAAUAAAAAAAAAUUAAAAAUAAAAAAAAACUCAUCCAAUUCUCAUAAUGAUAUCGUCACUGCUGAGCUAAAUUUGAUUAUGUUCAGUACUAUAUAAUUACCCCUCCCGCAUUGCACAUAGCCGCAUUUCAGUCUCAAAUCAUUGCUCAUCAAAGCAACAAUGGCUUUAUUAGAUAAGAGCGUGCCAGAGCAAUUGCCUCCAGUGUUGGAUGCCACUGCAGAGCAACCUCCCCUCUUCGACGGAACCACAAGGCUGUACACCGCAUACACAUGUCCAUUUGCACAGCGUGUGUGGAUCACCAGGAACUAUAAGGGAUUACAAGACAAGAUCCACCUUGUUCCUUUAAACCUUCAAAAUAGGCCUUCUUGGUAUGGGGAGAAAGUUUAUUCUGUCAAUAAGGUGCCAGCUUUGGAACACAAUGGAAAAAUCAUUGGGGAGAGUCUUGAUUUAAUUAAAUACAUUGAUAGCAACUUUGAAGGGCCAUCUCUUCUUCCUGAUGACCCUGCUAAAAAGGAGCUCGCUGAAGAGUUAUUUUCCUAUACCGAUAAAUUUAACACAACUGUGUUCACAUCAUUUAAGGGAGAUGUAGCAAAAGAAUCUGGUCCUGCUUUCGAUUACUUGGAAAAUGCUCUUCAUAAAUUUGAUGAUGGCCCAUUCUUGCUUGGCCAAUUCAGUUUGGUGGAUAUAGCCUAUAUACCAUUUGUUGAAAGGUUCCAAAUCUUCUUGUCGGAGGUAUUCAAAUAUGAUACCACUGCAGGCAGGCCUAAACUUGCAGCUUGGAUUGAGGAGAUGAACAAGAUUGGGGCUUACAAGCAGACAAAAACAGAUCCUAAACAGCUUGUUGAAUUUUACAAGAAGCGAAUUCUGGGUCAGUAACGGCCUUUCUGGUGGUGGUUUUACAUAUAAGACCGAGCAAGAGACUUGUUGUCUCCUAGGAAAUGUCUCUUUGGUUGAAUGAAUAAUGUUGAGGAUAGAUAUGCGCGUUUGCUGAUAUUUGAACUAUUAAGUUUGGUCUCGGUUGUAAGGAUAUAACUUGUGAUAUUACUGUGUUAGUGCAUAAAUAAAGAUGAAAACUAUCUAGUUACCGUAUAUAUGUUACUUUUUUUUCCCCAA